AUGUUUAUGCAGAUGCUGAAGAAGAUGUUCAAUGUGCUCGGCGCCCCAUAUGUCUUCUUAACCGUUAAUAAACUAUCAAGCAAUGCGACAAAACUUAAGGUCACUGAAGACCAGAUAGAAAUUCAUGAGAAAUACGCAUGCUCGGGAUUCACAUUUGACGUUGCCAAGAUAACACUCAAAGAAUCGUUGGAGUUCAACGAUAACGUCGGCAGCAUUGAUUUGGUGCACAAAGAUUACAAAAUGAAUGACCCGUCCGAAAUUGUCACUGUCUACGGUGAUAUGGUAUUGGAUGGAACAAUGAGAACGAGGCGUUAUGAUACAAAGUAUUUGGAUGGCGCCAUUUGUAAACCGAAAGUGGGCGCUAAAUUUGAUGCAAAUCAUUUGAUGUGUUACACUUUAGAUGGAAGCAUGGGAACUCCCUUUACGUUUGGAGGUCCAAUGAUUUCGAAAAAGAAUAACAAACUCGUGGGCUUGACCCUAUUUCGUUCGCCUAAUAAGCCAGUUGUUUUUCAACCGAUUGCACCGUUGCUUGACUGGAUCCGGAAGCCAAAU